UCAGCUCCUCCGUUCGCUCUGGUCGGAAGAUUUUCGUUCGCCAUGGACAAUCGAGUGGAGCAGACAACUCACAGUAUGCGGAGAAAGAGAGGAACCGCCGGCAGCGUAAGCUGCAGAGUCCCAUCGGGGCUUCUAUCGCUGUUGGUGCUGCUCCUUCCCUCGAUCUGCAAUGCUUAUCGGCCCGGCGACAUCGUCCCGAUGAGCCGCAGGGGCCAAUACCACUCGUCCAGGACCGUGUGGCAAGACUUGAUUGGUCGCCACUGCCCGGUCUUCGCCGUCAAUCGCGAGGUGUUGAUCCCUAUACCGAAACCGACGGGCUUCACCGGAGCUGAUCCGUACAAAAUAUCAUUUCAAGUUGGAAGAGAGAAGUUUCUGAUUCCAUGGCUUUACGUGAUAAACCGUAAUAGCCGUGAGGUGCCAAUGAUUGAUGUGCAUUUGAGAUACUCUGGAAGUGAUUUGCAUGGUGUUACAGCCAAAGUUCUGGACAUGCCUCACCACUAUAUUGAUAUUCACCCUGAUAUCGCUAAACAAUUCUGGGAUUCUCAGAUUUGGCCCAAACAUGUGCUUGUUCGGUACACAUGGGAGGAGCAGUCAGAGAUAGAUGUUGCCUCUGGAUUUUACGUUUUGUUUGGAUCAGGGCUUGUGCUAUCUUUCAUACUUUCAAUCUACGUCCUGCAAUCAUCUCGAGACAAACUGGCAAGAUUUGUUAGAGAAACCGUCGCAGAAACCAGCAUGCCUGUUGGAGGAGUUGCAAAGGUGGAGUGAUACAGUCCUAACAAAGAGUCCUGACCUUGCAUUUUUGUACAUCAAAGGUUUAUCUAGUCCCCACAGUCCCAGAAGCCCACAACGUUUGUAUUAGAUGCAACUGUUUUCAUCGGAAUCCUACCAAGGAUGCUCAUGAAUAGCACUGCUUGUAUUUGCUGAGAUUAGCUUCAGAAGUCUUGUUAUGACAUUUUUGUUUCAAUGUAAAUGCUUGAAAUUGAGCAAUUGAACCUCAGAAUGUGGGUUAUUGAUGCUGUCAAGAGGGACAUGAUACCUUAUGUUCCACGA